AUGACCGACAUCGUACAAGAGGAAGCAGGAACCUCAGAGAAGUGUAUAAAGGGUAAGGAUGGAAGAUGGUUUACCUUCAGGGAAUUCGAAGUUGAAGGAAACUACUCACGGUCCAAGAACUGGAAGAUGAGUGUGAGAUGUGGUGGAUUCCCCCUGAAAGACCUGAUUAAGAUAUACAGACCCAUAAAUGCAGAUAUAAAGCAAAGGGAAGGCUGUGGCAUGAAUCCUUUACACAAAGAAGUCUGCUCAAAUGCGUGGUUAAUGAAAAAUCAUAUUCAAUAUAGUCACUCAAUCUUUCUCUCUUUUCAGCAGACAAUACCAGAGCCUAGCAGCAAUGACUUUUUUGACCCUUACCCGGGAAACUCAAAUAUAUGUGAGGUGUGCCGUGGACCUGGAAAGCUGUUCUGCUGUGAUACUUGUCCAAAGUCCUUUCAUGAGACAUGCCACAUCCACCAUAUAGAUGCUAACAGGGACCCAUGGAGUUGCAUCUUCUGCAGGAUAAAGGCUCUUCAACAAAGUUACCCACAAAGCCAACCAUGUCACCAGGCAUCUGAGGUCCUAAAGAGGCGGAUGGUGCCUGAGGAACAGUUGAAAUGUGAAUUUGUCCUCUUGAAGGUCUACUGCUAUUCAAAAAGCCUCUUUUUUGCUUCAAGACCACAUUAUGGGAGCGACGCGUCUCAUGGCCCAAAGAAACCCAUGUGGUUAAACAAAAUCAAGAAAAAGCUGAAUAUGAAACUGUACCUCCGAGUGGAGGGGUUCGUGAGGGACAUGUGCCUCAUCUUUCAGAACCACAGGACUUUUUACAAGGACAACCAGAAAUUCAUCAAGUUUGGACUUCAGGUAGAGGCCAUAUUUGAGAAUAGUUUCAGAAACACUUUUGCAAUUCAGGAAACAAGCGAGAAUAGUUGUCAUUUGGAGCACAUUCUUUCAUGAAGUAGCCCUUCCCCUCACCCCAACAGUCUUCAGCAGCUACAAGAUAAGAGUCUGUGGUUCCUCCCACUGACAAUUCUGCCUGUUGCUGUGCAAACAACUUUUUCAAUGUUUUCGUUG